AUGGAUCUUAAGCUAUUUUUGCAUCAUGCUUUAUUUAAAUCUCAUCAAAUUGAUCGAAUUCAUGUAGUUAGUAUUCAACAGAAAUCUCGAGAAUGGCUUCAGAAAACGCUUGGUAGUGUUGAACUAAAACAUGAUUUGUUCGAUCAUUGGACAUUACAGACGGCAAUUGCUUUUAUAUUUCAAGAAUAUCUAGAUACAGCUCUUUCAAAAAGUCACGAUUGGGACAUAGGACUUUAUUUAGAGUUCGAUCCAGGCUACGUCGAAGAAUUGAUUCAUAGGGAUACAUUCGUCUGUAAUCUGCAAGCAGGACAUUAUUAUCGAUCGAUUCAAAGUGAGUAUGCUGUUCAUGAGUGUAUGGCUACCAAUAAACUAGCUGCUCUUUUUCUGAAUGAAUGGACUGUAGAGCAAGCUGGAAAGUACUUGAAGAAAUAUUCUAAUGAUUUUUAG